CAGAGCGGACGUCUACGCCGUAGCUCAUCUGAAGACCUUGACAUUUAGCCCCGCCUGAUACGAAUUAGCAAUCGCGAGCUAAGCAUAUUAUAAAUAAAAAUUAUGGCAAUUAUGAUAAAACUGUAGUUAAAUAGUGCUUGUUUUUUUAGUGAGUGUGGACUUUAGCUCGUGGUGACAUACGAGUAUUAAGUUCAACACUGAAGCGAUGCGCUGACCGAGCAAAGAUGGCUGCUAGUGUGGUGAUAUUAGCGCUACACUUCGCUGUCGCAGCUGCAGGGAAGUGUACCACUGGCUUCUCAGUGGUUGCGCCCGAGGUUGCCGUGCCAGGGAAGACAACAGCUGUGCUCGUUACUCUACACGGCAGUGCUGAUAAUGGCACCUUAGAGCCUCUAAACGUGACUGUGAGACUCGAAACUCAAGAUGCUGACAACGACGUCAAACUACUGACUACUGCAAGCCAAAUGAUAACAGGUUACGGCAUAAUACCUCUCAAGAUACCGGCUUCGCCAGCGACUCAUUGCACCCUCCACACUUCCGUUGGCUGCGUUGGUAACGAUGAAUGUACCGCGAAAAGUCACAGUGUCAUAAGACUGCUCGGACCGGUUCGUGACGUGAUCGUCCGACCGGCGCGACAUCACUAUCGACCUGGGGAAACUAUCACCUUUUGGAUACUGGCGCUUGACCAUGAUCUUCGCUUGGUGAGAGAUGAGAUCGCAAACAUUGCUCUCAGCAAUCCCGCUGGUACGAAAGUUGCAAUAUGGAAUCAACUCUCCAUGGAUGAAGGUGUCCGCAAGCUGAGUGCAGUUCUGGCAGCUGGAGCACGUUCAGGAACGUGGAAGAUCGAAGCGAAUUGCGGUGGCAGUACUGCAAGUGUUGACCUCACCGUCGGGUCUGGGCUCGGCAGCGCCACCCCUGCUACGCCCGCCGCAGAACAACACUACGUGGAACUGAAAUUCGCGGACAGUAUGCGGCGGAGAUACAAGCCUGGACUUCCAUUUGUCGGCCGCGUCGAAGCUAUGAGCACCGAAAAGCGGAUUCGAGUUCGGGUGAAGCUCUACGAUGAUAAGACGGACAUCUACAGCCAGGAUAUCGAUAUGUCCACUGGGGAAGGUGGUUUCAUCGUGCCGACUGUAAUGGCCGAUGCACCUUACGUAAACUUACAGGCAGAGCUGGUUGCAGUGGAGGGGAAAGAAAUAGAGACCCACUACGUGUUGGCUCGUGAACGUAUCCGCCGGUGGAACUCCACUUCUAAAUGCUAUCUUCUGGUUGAGAACUUGCCUACGCCUUUACAGGCUGGUGGCAUAGCCAGCGCCAGCGUGUGGUCUUCGUGCGGCUGUCGCCAGCGGUUGCUGGCAGCAGUCACGAGCGGAGGUCGCGCUGUGCAUUGGGCAGCAGUGCCAGCCCCCAAUCCCACCGAUAACACCGAUUUAUGCCGAUUCAAUUAUACAUUCCCCGUGACAGCUGACAUGGCGCCGGUCAGCUCUCUGCUCGUGUAUUACGUCACAGGGGCUGGCGAGCCUGUUAGUGACGUAGCCAGUUUCCACGUGCGUCUACUGCAUAAAGAGGUAGCAGUAGCGAUCGAAGAAAGGCGCUGGUGGUACCCACGUGCAGCUCUUCAGCUACGUGUGCUGGCUCCGACUGACUCCUUGAUGUGUUUAAUCGGCGCACGCGCACCGCCCGACACGCGUUUUGAUGUUCAUCAGACGCCGCCAGAACAUGAGGAGCAGCCAGGUCCAGAAUUCGUGUCAGCAGGUGUAUCGCUCUUCGUAGGUGGUGGGGCCUGCGGUGGUGGAGUCCUAUACAGACAGAGGAGUGCGCCAACGACCCAUACUCCAGCUCAUCUGGUACCACCCGCGACGCAUGAUAGACUUUGGAUGUGGAAGUGCUUUAACUAUACAACUCAACUAUCAACUGAUGGCGUGACUAUCGCAGCGCCUUCUGAAGCUGGGCGUUGGUCUCUGUGGGCUCUCUCGCUAUCCAACCGUGGACUAAGAUUCUCUGCCCCAAGAACUAUAAACGUCUUCCGACCAAUACAGCUGGAUUUCUCCCUUCCGCCAGCGCUGAAGGUUGGAGAAACUGUGGAGGUCGAUGUCAAGAUUACCAACAAUAUUAAUAAUUGCAUGGACGUGACUGCGCUAUUAGCUUUAAGCUCAGGCGCAGCAUUUGCCAGUACAGGCGCCCUAUACGUCACUGAGCGUCUGAGACUAGGACCCCGCGGAGGAACGCAGCUAGUCGUACGCGUAGCUGUCAAUACUCCUGGAAGAAAGAAUAUUACAGUGGAGGUCACGGGAUACAGCGCGGACAACUGCUCUGUAUCGUAUACUUCUUUCAACAACGAGACACUAGUGGGCUCAGUCAUCCGAUCUGCCAGCGUAUUGGUGCUUCCCGAAGGCCUGCAUAGGAGUGACACGCAGAGCGCAUACUUUUGUGCAAAUGAGCAUCUUGCGGUCUCAUCACGAGGUUCAUGGGAAUGGCAAUGGGUUGCUGCUCCGCGGAACCGGGCAGGCCUAGUCUUGGAGCUGCGAGCUCAAGGUCCUGCUCACGUUGCCUUGUCCGCGAUAAAGGAACCUUCCGACGAUAUGUAUCGGGUUGUUUUUGAAAAGAGUCGAGUAUGGAUUGCCAAGGGAAAACACGGAUAUGACGUCCACCUAGCCAGUGCAGAGCAAACUGAGGGUGACGAGGAAUGUGCUGGUGCUAACGAGUGGUGCGCUUGGUGGGUGUGGUGGGAAGGUGGCAGACUGUCCGUCGGUCGCGGGGCCACUCCAUCUGAACGAAGGCUUCUCGUAUGGCCAUUGACAUCUGAUAUGAGGAUUAAAUACGUUGGAUUUAGCGCAAUGUGGGGCGACAAAGCUGAUUUCCGAAUAUGGAAUUUCAACGAGGAAGCAGGUUUCUCUCAAGUUCUAGAACUGGGUCUUCCUCAUGGCGUAGUUCCCGGAUCAGCGAGUGGAACGCUCCUCGUUUCCGGGGGCCUUCAUCUCCCUCUAUACAGCUUUCAAACAGAUUCCUCUGAUCAAUGGUCAGAUGUUUGGAGAGAUUCCCAGCUAUCAGCCGCUUCAGCAAGCUUGGCGCCUUUGUUAGCCUUAGAGCAUAUCCCGCAUUUGGUGGAUGACAACGAACGAGAAAGGAUUCUGAAGAAGUUGCCGGAACAGGUUCAAAUACUCCUGUCGUUCCGCAAAAGUGACAAUUCAUUUAGUGACCACCCUGCUGUUAGUAGUCACCUAUCGACAAUAAAAAUCCUGGAGAUUCUCAACAAAAUACAAUCAUACUAUCCAGUCGACCCAAAUCUACUACAAUCGAUCAAACAUUGGGUACAAUCAAGACAAAAUCAUGAUGGAUCAUUCACACCAUUACCUGCCGACAAAGAAGUUGAUUACUAUCCUGUUGACAUAAAAAAAAGUAGUGCAGACAAAGAGGUUGAUGUAAAUGAGUAUUAUUAUUAUGAUAAAGACGGAAAUAUGACUAAAGAAGAAAUAGAGUGGGAGAGAACUGUUGAAGUUACUGCUGAGACUUUAGCAACUUUAUUAGAGGUUGGAGUAGAAAACCAAUUAGAUGCAGAUGUAGCAAAGAAAGCUCAAACUUACUUAGAGAAAAAUCUUUAUAACCUCACUUCCCCAGCUGCUUUAGCUGCAACUGUCCUGGGCCUAGUCUUAGCAAGGAGUCCCAUCGUACCGGAAGCGUUAAUUAUCCUCAGAAAUGCGUCAACAACUGAAGAAGGAGAAUUUGGAUGGCCAGCACCGAGAAAAGACGCAGCAGAUUGGCUUUUAGAAGACACUUCGAGGAAUAUUAAAACAACUUCUUACGAAGCGGUGACAAUGGAACAAUACGUGGCCGGAGUAAGAGUGCUUCUAGCUGCUUGUGCUAGAGGAGCAUUAGCUGAAGGGGAAGCCGCGGCUAGAUUCCUGUACUAUCGAGCAUCGACGCUACAACGCCAUCCAAGCCUAGCUUAUAGCGCCACUAAAGCUGCUGCGCAAUAUGCUGCUUUGGCACACGAUAGACAUAGAGCUCUUACAGUAUCCCUCGCCACAGCAGGAAUGGAACUAACUGAUACUUUGGAACUUCGAGCUAAAACUCCACCUAGGCCUCUGCAACUACCUGGAUUGCCGACUAAAGUCUUUGUGUAUGCUACUGGUGCUGGGUGUGCUACUGUGCAGGGAACCAUUUCGUAUUCCACGUAUACACCAAAGCCAGAAAAUGCGCUUUUGAGCAUCCACGCUGGCAUAAUUGAAGAGAUCCACCCAGAGAGGAGUAGCAUCGAGGAUUUGCAAGGGAACUUGCCUACCUUAAUUAUUAAAACUUGUUUCAAGUGGAAAGGCAAAGAACGUUCCGGUAUACUGCGUCUUGAAUCAUCGCUUUUCUCCGGCUAUGAAUUGCAUUCAGUAAAUCCAGUAGUACUAGAUGGUGCUACGUUUGCUAAAUUACAUUACGGCUCUCGUGGUGAAUCAGUUUGGUUUGUCUUUGCUAAUAUAAGCUCCACGUGUCCAGUUUGUGUGACCUAUGAGGCAAGAUCUAAGUUCGUGAUAACGAGUCUUCGGCCAGCAUUUGCCAAAAUCUACCCCUCUAGCAGACCUGACUUAGCCGUAGAAACAUUUUUCCACGCCAGACCUAACAGUCCUUUACUUAGAGGUAUUACUGACGAUGAUUUCAUUACUUGGUUCGAUAAAACUCAAAUUGCAAGUCUUGAGUUCAGGGACAAUAUUAACAAUGUAUGUGAAUGUGGACGCAUUUGUAGCAGGGAUUAUGAAUUUCGAAACACAGAUGAAAAAAUUUAUAAUAUCCUUAAUAGCCACAUUCCAUUUCAUAAAAAAAGUACUUUAAAUAUAGAGACAACGACACUAUUUUCCUCACAAAGUACUGCAGUUAUCUCAGAAGAACCGACUACUGAAGUUGUUACUGAAUCUUCACCUUCGACGAUUGAAUUAGUUGCUGUUACAUCGAGUAUUGUCUCUACUUCAAAUGGAAAUUAUUCUACAAACUCCGACAUAUUGACAAAUAGUUUUACUGUUAAACGCAUGCAUGAUUCUAUUAUAAUUCCAAAUCUGACCUAUACCAAUAAAACCGAAAAUCAACAAACCAGCAAUGAUAUAAAAUCAGUUAUACCGACAAUUAAUACAGAACUAAUUGUUCAAAAUAAACCUACAACCAUAAAUUAUGCAAAGAAAUUAGAAUUGCGAAAAAAACCACUGCCUAGGCGAAAAGGUACACUGAAAGCUACUUAUGGAGAUAAACAUGAAAAAUUUUUUGAAAAAUUAAAACUUUCUGAUGUUUUGAACAUUACCAAUAACAGAGACAACAACUCACGACCGAAUAAAAGUAUUGACAAAAAGACUAUGCAAAAAGUUAUUAAUAUUAUUACAGAAAAUACACCUGUCCUUACAACGCAGAAGGCACAUCUUAGUAAGAAAAAUGACAUAAUUCUAAGUUCACCUUCAAGCAAUAUAGAAAAAGAGGUAAUUUAUGCGACUAAACCUACUUUUUUUAGUACUCAACCAGAAACAACUGCAAUAUCCCACAACAUAGCGGCUAUCACUAAAAGCAAUAUCAAAACAGUUCAUUACCGGACAAAGAAACCGAAACCAAAAACACAAAUUAAGAAGCCAAUUAUUAAAUAUCUCAAUCAAGGCAGCGAGAAACGUAAUGACGAUAAUAAAUCUGUAAAACCAGAAGUGAUUGUCAAUAAAACGAAAAUCAGAGCAGUCACCACGGAAAAAUAUGUAGCUAAACCGCUGAAAUCUAUAAAUAAAGAGAUUCAUAAAAUACCACCCACUCCAGUUUCUGAAACUUCAAAGACUCUGAAUAAUCCGCUAAAACUUGACAUUGCCCCUGAAAAUAAGGGUGGGUAUGAAAUAUUAGACAAAAAUAACCUUUGGGAACUACUUAAGGAAGGCCCAGAUCUAAACACAUCCAAAAUCGAUGACAAAGUUCCGGUUCAUAAUAGAAUAAACGAUAUGUCAAAUUUAACACUAAAUAUAAAUCGCUCUUUAUAAACUCUGUUGUUAUAUAAUGUUUAAGGCACAAAGACUUCAGCAUAUUUUUAUAAUCUCACUCCCAUAUUCCAAAAAAAUGUUAACAAUUUAAAAAAAAUCCGUAAAAAACCUCCAUGUCAAAUUCCUAGAGCACAUUCAUUGUUGAUUGUUAGAUCGGUAAUGUUGCACUAAUUAUUUAGAAUAAUGGACUGUAAAUAAUGGAAUGUAAUAUGUAAUAUUUGAAAUAAUAAAAUAAUUUUAAAGAUAAUGCGCUGUGACUAUUUUGAGGUGUGACUUUCUGUGAGUUAUAGAAGUCUGGUUUGAAAACAAUGUCACAUAAUAAGCAGAGGGCUGCUUCUUUACUUCUACUUUUUUUUCUUUUUGUGUUUUUUGAAAAUCAUUGUAUCUACAUAAUAAAACUAAAUUAGAAACAGCUAGAAUCGCCAAAUUAGUAAGCUGUCAAAACAUCUUGUAUCCUAAAUGUAUUUAAAAUUUAGUUUUUAAAAUAUCUACAUCUCUAUUAUAAGAUAUUAACUGCAUAAGUCCAAUGGUUGUAAAGAUAUUUAAUUUUAGCAUAGACAACGUAAGUUACAGUUUGUAAAUAUUUUCAAGUUGCCAAGCCCUAAUACCUACUAACUAUUUUGAUAGAUUUUCUAGUCCUAUGUCUUCUUAGAUAAUAUUCGUACUAACCCUCUAGUGAUUACGAAACUUAGAUUUUAGCAUAAUAAUGCGAUGCCCCAGAAUUUCCAUCCGUCUAAUCUAUUCUUCUGUAUCUAUUGUAUGUAACGUAGUUUCUUACUGUAGCUGUUCUUAGAUGAUUUUAUGUUUAACUUAUUAGAAAUUAGUAUAUUUGUUUCUAGUAUAACUUAUACCUACAUUCUACCUUUACCUUGUAGAAAUUACUAUUUAUACUCAUUUAUGUUAAACUAUUAUAACGUAUUA